UGAAAUUCGUGGAGGAAGAAGAUAUGUUGAGGGCAAGGCUACAGCAGUACGACUCAAAGUGAUGUAUGAUAAUGGAAUUUAUGUCACUUUCACUCCUCAUUGCCCUCAUAUGUACAUACUGGAUAUCGCGACACAUACGAUCUAUUUAGAAUUCAUAGACCCUUUUUUCAAUCGUACGUAUGUCAAAACGCUGACUCACGUAUCGCGAUAAUCGAAGUCACGAGUUCAAAUCAUAUUUUGAACCAACACGUCCGCAUGAACUGCUGCAUCUCUAAUCUGACCCGUCCUAUCAACUUUCAGCCCCGAAUCAAAUGGUCGACGUCACAGGAGAAAGACAUCAACCAAGAAUACCCUUUCAUUGAUUUGCAUAAAGAAACUCCCAACCAAUUUGUCGUGCGAAAUUACCUGCAAUUCCUAUGGCUUCCAGAGUCCUUAAUGCCUCUUGAUCUACUCGUUACCUCCUUGCGGCGCGUCCAAGUCGCGUCAACUUCCACGGAUUCUUUGUCAACUCCGCAUCCUUUACACGCACUGCUCGAUCCUCUUCUUCUCACUGCCCGUACUGCAGCAAAUAAAUAUCAGACUGAGCUACCACAGAUCCUUGAUAAUAACGGAGGUGCUGGAGAGAUCGAAGAGACCAUGAUGUGGUACGCGCUGAACUUUGAGCGGGCUCACGGCGAGGGCCAACACGAACGUGAGCGUACUCGGACCAAUACUGGUAGCUCGUGCAGUACGCAGAGCGCGGAAUCUCCCAUUUGGAUGGAUGAGAAGUGGAGAGCCAAGUGGAUAAGGAGAAUGGAACGGCGAGAAGUUCAGAUCCAAAUCCUCCUUCAUUUGCUUAUUCUUUCACUCCCUGGUCCACCGCCACCGCCGCCUGAAUUUACAGAAAUGUCAUCCGUGAAACGUCGGAAGCGACCACGAAAGAAGGCUACACCUGUUAUAACCCCCGCAGACCGCUUGGAAGCCUUCAUGGAUAAACUUUCUAUGUGGCAACUUAUGGGAGACUUGGAUUCAAACGAGAGAGAGCGCGUUGCAGUCGACCCUAAAGAUGAACUCGAUUGGACACAACGGUUUUGCCAGAGCAUCGUUGAACCUUUAUUGACUUUGCCAAACUUUUGUGACCUGCUCCGGUCCAAAGUAUUUCCCAAUUCGCCAUUUUCGGACGACGAGGACGAACAACAGGAGCAGAUCCAUGGAUCGCAGCAAACAAGCACUGAGUCUGCUUCACCCUCUCCCGAACCACCUUUGAAGCGGAAUCGUACAGCGACCUUAGAUGGAGCGUCUGAUCCACAAGCACGAUAUCCAUCUCCUGCUCUCUCCACGACUUCUACCUCUUUUGUGCGAGAGCCGAAGCGCGCUUCAUCUCAUCAGCGUUCUCGCCAGCGGCCAGCACUACAACGUGACCGAUCCCGAUCAUUGUCUGUUUCACUAGCAGAAGAAGCUGAGGAGAGACAGAAGGCCAAAACGACUGGCUCGGGCGCGAAUAAAGGCAGAGUACUUUCGCGUGAAGUUUCCAUGUCAUUCAAGUCAAAGAGCAAAGCGCCGGAAAUAAAGCAUAUCGCUGCCGCGCCAUCUUUCUUGGAAUCCGACACUCGUCGACGAGAGCCAGAAACAAGAUCAAUCAAACGGGAACCAUCAAUGAAUGACGCGGCGACUAUACUGGUGGAAGCAACACCAAUGAAGCCAAUCAGGACUGUGUCACUAUCACAGACUCGAACACAAGGUCCGUCAUUGGCGACGACAUUAUUUCCUCGUAUGCCGAGCAUGCUGUCCUCUGUCAAUGAGGAAGAAAUCUGGAACCCCCCAGGCUCUAGUUCUCCCGAUGUUUUGUCAUUGACGCCUACCAAAGAUGCAGGGAGCACUGGAUCUACGGAGGAACACUUCAUGGAUGGAAUGGAAAGAGAUUGGCCUACAAGCACUCCUACUAGAGCCGGAAGGAGACGUGAGUAUGGCUAAGCCUCGAUCUCCUUCACUUUACCAUAUUUUUUUAC